UCUAAUCUCUCCGUGGGCGUCGUCGUGGACUACAGUGCCGAAUAGACUUUAAUCUCUCUCUCUGAAAAUUUAUGGCGAGAUUUAAAUUUUAAUAAUCAGAUUGAACAGUACAAGUAAUCUGGAAGACGAAGUGUGAAAACGAGAUAAACUCUCUCCGUCCACCGCGUUUUCUCUCCGGCUGUGCGCAAAUCUCUCGUCGCGCGGAGAGGGGAAAAUCUCGCGAGCGUCCGUUCUACGUUUCUCCUCCUUUUAAGUAAUGUGGAAGAAUAAUAUGCCCCGGUAUCUGUCUUUUUUGCUGAACUUCGACGCCAAAACGAGGAGUUGUUCCCACUGAAAUUCUGAAAGCAGUAACACUUGCUUUUCUCUCGGUGCUUUGCUCAAGAGCGUUCAGUUUCUGAGGUUGAAUCGGUUCAGCUGCCUGGAGUGACGAGGAUUUUGUGUGAGGAAGCCCGGCGGGUGGAAGAAAAGUGGAGAUUUGCGACUUUCAGUGGGAAAGGUUCCGGCAGGAAGAAGAAUAGCAGGGAAUGGAGGUCUCGAGCGAAGAAAUUGCUGUCAGAAGAGGAAUGUGAGAGUUUUGAAGAUUUGGAGUGAGACGAUAUCCGCUAGGGAGAAGGAUGAAACGGGUUUGAGAGUGAAAGUCAUCUAAUGUGAAAAGCUCCGGUAGCAAGAAAAACAGCCAGUUUGUUGAAGUUCUGAAGCGGGAGAGAGUUCCGGCGGUAGCUAUAUACAUCAGAAGGACGAUCCGGUUCAUUUUGGAGCUCGCUUUAAGCGAACAUCCUGUAGCAAACGACAGGCGUGGUUGAAAUUUUGGGGUGCGAGAGAAUCCUGCGAGAAGAUCGAGGACAUUUAGUUGUGUGAAGUAGAAUCUCGGUGACAGCAAGGCUUGAAAUGCGGGAGAGAUCCGCAGGAAUAAGGGUCGUUGGAUAUGAAGGUUUGAAGUGGUCCAGAAGGAAAGGCAUGAAGCGGGAAAAAAUCUAGCAGUAAGAAUUCGGAGAGUUGAAGGCAUUAACUGAAAAGAUAGAAAAGGAAGAAUGUGUGGAAGGUUUCGAGUGAAGGGAAGAGGAGAAACGGAUUGUUCCCAAGUUUGAGUGACUGAAACUUGCAACUUUAGGACAGAGCACGGGAUUUUUUCCUGCGUGGCUUACUUCCGCUUGAUCUUUCAAAUAUAUACUGGCUUUGAUCCUGGUCCUGGUGAGUGCGAUCAAAAUCGACAGAGUCCAGCAACUUUCGUCGAGUAUGUAGAAGAGGAAUAGCCACCGAGUAGCUUCAGGGAUCAGAAGCCACUUCUUUCAGGGCAUUUAAAAUUUUCAAGAUGAAAUAAUCGGGGGAUUGCUUAUGGAAGGUUCCUAUGUCACCCACACAUGUGGGAGUCAGAGAUAGAAAAAUGUUGUAGUUAUUGGACUGCAUUGUUGAGAGGCUCCGUGGAGCUUUCUGAUGGUGGUCAGCCUUGAUUCUUUUGGAACACUUGUAAUGGGGAAUUAGAAUUCCAUUCUCAGAUUAGUUUAUCAUUCUGUACAGCUAUAGUGCAGGAUUGGUUUUGAUUCAAGUGUGUAACCUUUAGUGCAAGGCUUCUUGCACGUGUUAUUGGAAACUUGGAAGCUGGAACCUGAAGGGAUAUUUCAUUCUUCAGAAGUAUGUUGGGUUCCGAGGUCAUCUCAACAUUCUCUCAUUUUAACAAAAAGCUUCAUUCUUUGGUUUGCUGGUUUUCUGGAAAAAAGAGGAAAUGGCCUUUCUAUAUUUUAAUGAUAUGUGUACUUAUGUUGCUUGUUAUGAAAUAUAAUAUGGUAGAAAGUCCAAUCAGUUCACAGUAUUUUAUGGGUUUCUUCACAAAUGGAACCUCGGAUCACCUUCACUUGGAGCAUCUUGAUCUCCUUGUACCUGCUGUUCAAAAUCCUGACGACUCUUCCGAAGUUAUCUCCUAUGAAAAUCUGGUUUCUGGUCUGUUAAUUCCCAGAAAUUUUUCACAGGAGGAAAAAAGGUCUGUACAAACAUGGAAAUAUUUGAAGCCAUUGGUUGCUAAAGCUGCAGCCCUACCUCAUUUUGUUGAGGCCAUUCAAGAAGCAAAAGUUGCAUGGGAAACCCUUAUGGCUUCAGUUGAAGAGGAAAGGCUGUUUCACAUUGGCAAUGGUAGUAUUAGCCGAAAGGCAAAGGAUAAACAGUGCCCCUAUUCUGUUAGCAAGAUGAAUGACACAGAAUUGGGCAAGUCUGGAUUUAAGCUGCAGAUUCCUUGUGGCCUGGUUCAGGGUUCUUCUGUUACUGUUAUUGGUACACCAGUUGGGCUUCUUGGCAAUUUUCAGAUAGACUUGAGAGGAACUGAGCUCCCUGGGGAACCAGAUCCUCCUAUCAUUUUACACUAUAAUGUCCGGCUUCAUGGUGACAAAGUCACAGAGGAUCCUGUGAUUGUUCAAAACACGUGGACUGCUCCAAAUGAUUGGGGUCCAGAGGAGCGGUGUCCUUCUCCAUCUGAGAAUGCUGGCAAAGUGGAUGAGUUGGACCAAUGCAAUCCGAUGGUGGGUAAGGAAAACAAAAGAAAGCCUGCAUUAAGCAAGCAUUUUAACAGUUCAAAAAGAACACCAGAAUUGAAGAACAUUGAUAGCCCAAAGACAUACUUUCCUUUCAAACAAGGGUAUCCAUCUGUUGCUACUCUUCGAGUGGGUUUGGAAGGGAUUCAGAUGACAGUUGAUGGAAAGCACAUAACAUCCUUUGCCUAUCGAGAUAGUCUGGAGCCAUGGUUGGUUAAUGAUGUAAGAAUUUCUGGAGAUCUGAAGUUGCAUUCUGUGUUGGCAAGUGGCUUGCCAUCAUCAGAAGAUGUAGACCAUGCCGUGGAUUUAGAAACACUAAAAGCCAUACCCCUGGGAACAAAGCAGCAGUUGGAUCUUUUCAUUGGGAUUUUUUCUACUGCAAACAAUUUCAAGCGUAGGAUGGCAGUGAGGAGGACUUGGAUGCAGUAUGAUAGCGUACGGAAUGGCAAAGUGGCUGUCCGUUUCUUUGUUGGUCUGCACAAGAACACGAUGGUCAAUGAGGAACUUUGGAAUGAAGCACGCACUUAUGGAGAUACACAAUUGAUGCCUUUUGUUGAUUAUUACAGUCUCAUUACUUUGAAAUCUGUUGCCAUAUGCGUCUACGGGACAAAGGCUGUCAAUGCCAAGUACAUAAUGAAAACAGAUGAUGAUGCAUUCGUCCGUGUGGAUGAGAUUCUUGCUUCUUUAAAUGAGAAAAACAUCAAACAAGGGUUAUUAUAUGGACUUAUCAAUUACGAUUCAGAGCCUCACAGGGAUCCAGAAAGCAAAUGGUAUAUCAGUCCAGAGGAAUGGCCAGAAGACAAGUAUCCUCCUUGGGCUCAUGGUCCUGGCUACGUUAUUUCCCAUGACAUAGCUGAUUUGGUGGUGCGGAAGCACAAGAAAAGGCGACUAAAGAUGUUCAAGUUGGAGGAUGUGGCGAUGGGUAUGUGGAUAGCCGACCUGAAGAAGGGCGGUCUAGCAAUUCAGUACGUGAACGACGAUAGGGUGUAUAACACAGGGUGUACAGAUGGAUAUGUUGUGGCACACUACCAGGAACCUAGAGAGAUGCUCUGCUUAUGGCAGAGGCUAAGCGAGGGACGUGGGGCUAUAUGCUGCAAUCGUCGAUAGAGGGCAUCGCACGUCACUAACGGAGUUUGUGGAAAUUUUUUGCUGAUUAUUUUUUCGCUUGUCCUAUUACCUAUACAUAUGUAGAAAAGAGGAGGGAGAGGUGGAGGCGGUUGCUUUUGCUCGGCGCUUUCUUCUUGUAUUUUCCGGAAAGAAUGAUCUUCUAGAGUAUGCAUUUCGCCCUAACGGUCUUGAGCCGUCUCAUCAUGUUCUUGGCACUGGCUCUGCUGCAUAAAUAUGAUAGCGGAAUCAUUUAUUGGUAUUGAAUCUCCAAUGAAGUGCGCAAAAUAUGUUGAGGACUUAGGAGAGGUGGAAAUGUGGGUGAAGGAAGGACAAGGUUAAAACUGUGGAGGACAAGCGAUGCAACUUUGCUUCUCAUGGACGCCUUUUGCUCACCUGCAGAUUGGCAGAUUCGGAGGCGGAGCAUGCUCGACAAAGAGAAAAUGGAGGAGAGAUUGGCCUGAGCAACUAACAAUUUGCGACCCAGUAGGCUGUCAAGGAAGGAGCUGGGCUUGACUGGUUUUUUGCUGUAAUAGAUGUGGACCUCUCUCUCUCCCACUCACGCACAUGCGCACACGCACCAAAAGCCAAUGUCUGAUGAACUUUUCAAGUGGUAGCUUGAAGGUGCUGGUCCGCAGCAAGGCCUUGCUGACCAACGAAUUAGGGGAAGGCGGUAAGUGGCUGCAUCAUUAGAGAACCAGAGAUACAUGGCCACUACUACCUCCAUGAAAGCAAAAUCUGCUUCGGUACACCCUCAAGAAGCAGAAAAUCCAAAUGCAGCAACUGCUGCUGCUUCUCUUUCAGAAGCGGAGUUGUCGCUUUUGGAGGAAGUUUUCACUUCCAUUGAAGGAAACUAUCAGAUGC